AUGUCCUUGGUGGCCUACGCCAGCAGCGAGGAGGAGGAGCAGGGGGAGAGCGACGCGGCCGAGGAGGAGGGAGGAGGAACAGACGGAGACGACGACGACGAAGAAGAAGCGCCAGAGGAGCAGGAGAGGGGCCGGGAGCUGGGCCGGCGAGGCGGAGGCGGCCGCGGCCUCUUCUCCGCCCUCCCGCCGCCCAAGGCCGGCGCGGGCUUCACUUCGCAGCAGCAGCACCACCGGCCCCUCACAGCCGGCCUUCCGCUUCCUUUGGCGCCGCGGCCUAUCCCGGCCUCGUCCCCGCCGCCGCUUCUGGCCCCGGCCGCUGCCGCCUCCGAGCGGGCCCCGGGCAAGAAGAGGACGCAGCCCGUGCGGAUCGCGGCGCCUCAUCUGGGGGACGUGAGUGUCCUGGGGGCCCUUCGUGGAGGAAGAGCGCAGGAUCGGGCCCGCCCGCCCGCUUCCUCGGCAGGGAGGGACAGGAGGAGCCCGCAGCCGCAAGGCCGACUCGAGAGUAGACCCGUGGCAACGGAGGCAUGGUGCCACUGGCGUCCCCGUUUGGCCCUGUCCCUUAUCGUCAGUGGGUCUCCUCCUGAGUAGGACUGGUGUGCAGUGCAGCCCAGAGGGUCUCAUGGUAGCACCUUGAAAACAAUAUGCUUGGAGCUGACCCGACUCUGCUGGCAUCUUCCCAUCUUGCCACAUCUUUCUGCAGGAAACAUGUACAAUUUAAGAACUCGCUAUUAAAUCAGAAAGCAGUUUUUAAUACUGUAGCAAAAUACACAGCAUAAAAUGCUAAAUGAAAUAUUUAGUAUCUUUAUGAAAGCUAUCAACAAGCAUUAGAAUAACAGAGUCUUAGAGUUGGAAGGGACACCAUGGCUCAUCCAGUCCAACCCCCGGCAAUGCAGGAAUCUCAGCUGGAGCAUCCAGGACAGAUGGCCAGCCAGCCUCUGUUUAAAAACCUCCAAGGAAGGAGAGUCCGCCACUCUCAUGGGAGUCUGUUCCACUGCCAAACAGCUCUUACUGUCAGAAACUAAACAUUCUGAGAUUUAGUCAGAAUAUCCUUUCUUGUAACUUGAAUCUAUUGGUUUGAGUCCUCCCAUCCAGAGCAAGAGAAAACAAGCAUGUUCCCUCCUCCAUGUGACAGCCCUUCUUGAAGAUCGCUGUCCUAGCUCCUCUCAGUCCCCUCUUUUCCAGGCUAAGCAUACCCAGCUCCUUCAACCGUUCCUCCUCAGGCUUAGUUUCCAGACCCUUGAUCCUCUUGGUUGCCCUCCUCUGCACACCUUCCAGCUUGUCGACAUCCUUCUUAAAUUGUGGUGCCCAGAACUGAACACAGUAUUCCAAGUGUGGUCUGACCAAGGCAGAAUAAAGCAGGACUAUUACUUCCCUUGAUCUGGACACUAUACAUCUGUUGAUGCAGCCUAGAAUAGUGUUGCCUUUUUUUGCUGCUGCAUCACACCUUUGGGCCAUGUGAUCUACCAAGACCCCUUCUUCUUCUUUGGCGAUCACUCAUAGCCGAGUAAGAUUGUCUUCCAUAAACAUGGUUUUAACAAUGAGUCUGUAAGUGUCUGUGGAGGCCAGUUCUGGAUCCACAUGUCCUUCCACAGUGGGGACAUUGGUUUCCGAGCGGGAGUUGAUCAUGGUGUGGAUUUGCCAAGUGUGCCUUCCUUCUAGCACGUUUCUCCCUUGCAUCCUGAGUUCAAGUGUCUUCAAAGCCCAUGACACAUUUGGUCAAGGCUGUUCUCCAACUGGAGCGCUCACAGGCCAGUGUUUCCCAGUUGUCAGUGUUUAUACUACAUUUUUUAAAGAUUUGCCUUGAGACAGUCUUUAAACCUCUUUUGUUGACCACCAGCAUUACACUUUCCAUUUUUAAGUUUGGAAUAGAGUAGUUGCUUUGGAAGACGAUCAUCAGGCAUCCACACAACAUGACCAGUCCAACAAAGUUGAUGUUGAAGAAUCAUUGCUUCAACACUGGUGAUCUUUGCUUCUUCCAGUACACUGAUAUUAGUUCACCUGUCUUCCCCAUGAUCCUUCUCACAGGUACUACUGGCAAGCCAGGUGCCCCAUCUUAUAUUUGUGCAGCUGGUUCUUCCUGCCUAAGUGCAGAACCUUACAUUUGUCCUUUGUGAAAUUCAUUUUGUUACUUUGGACCCAAGUGGGAUCUUGUCCUACUCAGAGAUGAUGACUGACAGUGGCUAUCAAGUCCGUUUGCUUCAGUGGGUCUGGGUGGGCUGUCUCCAGGUGGGACUGGCAAUGUCCGCUGCCUGAAACUCUGGGGAACUGCCACCUGCCAGUCUGGACAGUACUGAGUAAGAUGGACUCAGUAUUAUUUAGAAUCAUUAUUUAGAAACAUGAGGACUAGAAUCUUAACUUUAUUUGGGGGAAAGGCCUGCAGCCUAUUGCUAGAGUAUCUGCUUUACAUGCAGAAGGUAGGAGGCUCAAUCCCCUACGUCUGCAAGUAGGACUGGGAAUGUCAUGUGCCAGUCAGUGUAUAUGAAGGGAGAUAGACUUGGUAGAUUGCAGCUUGUUGAAAAGCAGAGGGAGCAAACAUGGGCAAGUGGUGAAGAGUUGAUGAACUCAAGGCUCCCCACCCGCACCUCUCUGAACCCGCAGUGGGCGCUGCCCAGCAACUGAUAGGUUUUGUGAGAGCUUGGGAACCUGCUGCUUUUUUUGGAAUCCAAGAUGCUCAUCACUCUGCUUGGCUGGAGUGCCAAGGUUUGCCUUUUGUGGUCCGAUUCCUUCCUUGACCUUUGGAUCGCACUUCUAAGCUAAAACUGGAGGGUGAAGAAGGAAGGCUGUGGUGAUAAGGGCACUCCUCAGGGAGUGGUGCUGGUGGAGGAGCUCACUGGGCCCUCUUGCAAAGCUCCACACAAAGACAGCGGCUGUUUCUGCUUUCUAGGAGCUGCUGGAUCUGUCCUUAUCACUUACUUGCAGCAGGAGGGAAGGGAGGAUAGUUUCUUCCUAUCCAUGCAACAGGGAAACCUUCUUUUGUUUUUUAAGUAAAAUUUAUGUGCACCCUUCUCAUGUAGAAGUCAUCCAAGGCCCACAAGACAAACAAUACUUGGGUUCUAUUUAGCUAAGUUAGACUAGACCAGUUGAAAUUUUGGACCCUAUUUAGUCACAUCCAUUAGCUUCAGUAGGUGACUCUGAGUAGGACUAAUGUAACGUAAGAUAAAGCUGUACUGCAAAUACAGGUUUUUGCAGUCCACAUGCCUAGCAGUGUUAAGAUCCGAGUGAAUUAAGUUGAGAGAAGGAUUGUUUGUUACUUACUUUAUCGCCUUUGUGAUUAAUUCCCAUAAAAUUUCUCUAAGGGGUAGCAUCAGUGUUAGAAGCAAUUUCAUAUAUACAAACAAUGACAAAACAAUUCCACAUGUUCACACAAUUUCCUGUGUAGAAAACUAUUUUGAACCCAAUACAGAUCUGGACUGGGACAGAGGUAGAUAUAUAUAUUAGUUGAAAAUGUAGAGACCUUUUGCACUGUCUACCUCUGUCCCAGUCCAGAUCUGUAUUGGAUUCAAAAUAGCACGCUCUCUCCCUCUCUCUCUCUCUCUCUCUCUCUCUCCCUCUCUCCCUGCACUCAGUUCUGCUCUCUCUCUUUCAGUCGGAUUCCGAGGAAGAUGAACCAGCAAAGAAGCAUCCCUCUUUCCAGGUGAGGACUUGGGCAAGUGGUGCUCCUGUAAAGGGGGGGGGGCGGGAGCACCUUGCUUUCAGUGAAAAGUGUUUGCCCCUAGUCAGGCAGAGGCCCCUGAAUAUCCAUUCUGGACCUCAGGGGUUGAGUUGCCUCUCUGGAUUAGUCAUGUUAGUGAAAUCUCACAUGUGAGACAAAGUUCAGUCGAUCUGUCAGUGCAGGCUUCACGGUCAGCCACAGCUCGUGUCUUUCUGCGAAGGCAUGGCUAGUUCCUGCUUGGCUUCUUCCCUGAGGCAGCUAUGUGGCCUGGCUUGGUGUUGCUUCAUGGUGCAGCUUCCUGGGUGAAGGAGGGGCUGCUGUGGCUCCCGCCGUCCCCUUGCCAGCAGGCCCAGGUGGAUGUAGUCCUUCCUGCCCCUGCCUCACCUUCCCCUAUGUCUUCCACCCUCCAGGCCCAGAGCGAGGGCUCCGGCUUGUCUGCUCUACUUCCUCAGCCCAAGAACCUGACGGUGAAAGAGACGAAUCGGCUGCUGCUCCCUUAUGCUUUCUCUAGGAAAGCGGCUGCUGCUGCCGAGAGCUCCCCGGAAGCCAAGUCUGCCAAAGGCCCGCUCUCCUCCAAGCCAAAGCCUCCCCUCAAGGCACCCUCGGCCGUGACAGCGACCACGACUCCCUCCCCAUCAGCCAUCAAGGCGGCCGCCAAGAGCGCCGCCCUGCAGGUGACCAAGCAGAUCACGCAGGAGGAGAAUGACAGCGACGAGGAGGUGGCCCCCGAGAACUACUUCUCCCUGUCUGACCGGAGCGAUGCACCGGCCCUCAGUCCAGAGGCCUACGCCUACCCUGGCCCUGUGGUGCCGGAUGAUCUGCCCCCUGGGACAGAGCCGGAGCCUGAGCCCGAGAGCCAGGACGCAGCUGCCAACGCCCCUCUGGAGUUCAAGACGGGGCCGGGGGCCAGCUCAGCUUCCCACGGCUGGGCCCCAAAGCCUGGUGAAGACUAUGGCGGGCAGCACUAUGCGCUCUACCCUGGCUCCAGCGAUGCAGGCGGCCCCAGCCCCUACUACCAGGUGAGAGGGGCAGAGCCAGAGGCUCCUUCUGCAGCUGGUGGGUUGAGCCUCAAGGGUGGCUGGCACAGUGGGGAGGGCGAGCGGCUUCCGGGAAGGAGGCUGGGAUGGGCAUGGGGGGUGGCAGCAAAGUGGCUGGUCCUGCAGCAGAUUCCUCUCCUGGUGCUAAGGAGAUCCUUUCCCCCACCUGGCUUCCUCUGCAGCAGGAUUACUACAGCAGCAGCAGCUACUACUCGGACACAGACCCGGAGCUGGGCCCGCCCCAAGAGAUGAGCAGCGAAGGCGCUUCUUCCUCCUUCAUGGACGAUGAAGCGGUGAGAAGCUGCUCUCAGCAGGGCCCCCUUUCCUGGUGGGGUGGGGCACCCUCUCCUCCGGCUGUGGUGGCCCUGUCAGCGUUGGGGGGUGGGGGGGUCUCUGGUACUUGGCAGGGACUGCAGAACUUGGAUUCAGAGGCUGCUGGGCAGGUAGGGACAAGCAGCCCCACCCAAGAGGUGUGGGUGCAGGUCUGACAUCUUCUUGGCUUCUAGCUUUCAGCAACUCUAAACAGGGCCUUCUGCUUAGAACCAUGGGGCAGGAUAGGACCCCCAGAAGUGGAAGGUUUUGUUCUCUGGUCUUAUGAAAGGAUGGCCUCUACCUCCCACUUCCCACCCCCAUUUCUGUCCCCUGAGUGAGGGUUAGAGGUUGGUUUGGGACUGCUCAAAGGAGGCAGUUCAUCUGCAUCCACUUGCUCUUCCGCAGGAGGUCCAGGAGGGGGGCUGGUUGGCUGUGGACACUGCAAAAGGGGCGUCUGGCUGUUUCAGCUCCAGCCCGGCCUCAAUGGGCCUGGGAUUAAUCGUGUUUGGGAUGCUCAGCAGACUGAAUCCCUCUUCCCUCCUCCCGUCCCUUGCUCAGUUCAAGCGUCUGCAAGGCAAGCGGAACCGCGGGCGGGAAGAGAUCAACUUUGUGGAGAUCAAGGGGGACGACCAGCUGAGCGGCGCCCAGCAGUGGCUGACCAAGUCUUUGACAGAGGAGCAGAACAUGAAGUCCUUCAGCAAGGUGAGGGGGCCCCUCCGUUCCCCCCCCCCCGGGGGAGCCUUCCCUCCUCCCUCCUGCUCUGCUGGUAAUCACAACUCCUGUCUCUGUUUCUCUCCAGAAAAAAGGGGAGCAGCCCACGGGGCAACAGCGGAGGAAGCACCAGAUCACGUAUCUGAUUCACCAGGUGAGGCUGCCGGGUUGCCCCCUCCCUGCCCCCCUGGUCACCUAGUUUGGAUCUUGUGCCCUGGGAGCCGCAGCAGUUGGCAAAGUGGGUCCUCUUCUGCCCAGCUGUCAAGAUCCUGCCCAGGGCUCCCAUGGGGUUUGCUCUAGAGCAGGGGCCGUGGGCCAUCCAUGGCCCACCAGACAUGUUGCCAAUUAUUUUUUAUUGAUUUUCCAAACUAUUACAAAUUAGACACUUUGGGACUGCAACAUCCACCGUCACCUCCAGGCUGACCGCUGGGGCUGAUGGGAGAUGCAGUGCAGCAUCCUCUGGGAGGAAAAUCAUGUGUCCUGCCUGAUGCUCAGCAUUGCUGCCCGUUUGCGGCUGAAGUCCAGAAACCCCAAACCAAGCCCUGUUUUCAAGAGUGGGUCAGGCCACUGGGGCAGUGCGGGUGUCUUGGCUCUUGGUGGUGCGGGUGGGACAGGCGCCCUGCCAAGCGAAGGGCCCUGCUUCUGAGCCUCCACCUCCUCCCUCUCUUUCUGGGGCAGGCAAAAGAGCGUGAGCUGGAGCUGAAGAACACGUGGGCCGAGAACAAGCUCAGUCGGCGUCAGACGCAGGCCAAGUAUGGAUUCUAGGGCCCGUCUGCCUCCUCGGAGCCCCUUCAGGCAAAAGCUGCCAGCCCCGGACCACGUUGCGUGAAAGGAAGAGAGGGGCCUGCGGAGGGAAGAAGGGCGCAAGGCCAUGUGCCGGGGGGGGGCAUCCGCUGCCUUUCCCGGCAGGGGUCUUCGGCAGAGGGAUGCAGAGGGUGCUCUGGCCCACUAGGCUGCCUGGCCCCCCCAAGCCCCUUUUCUUUCCAGUAGCCAACGCGACACGGACGAGGCCCCUGUCAGCUGGGGGGAGACCAGCGCUGCUCACUCCCUUGGAACUGCCCACCUUGCAGGAGGUGGGGCAGCCCAGGCAGUCCACCCAACCACGGGGGUGGGGGGCAGGACUGUCCCUGAGUGCUCUUCUGUAGCUGCCCCCCACCCUGUUCUUCUCGUGUCUCUCUGUGUUUGUGCUCCAGACCGUUUGCCCUCCCCUUCCGGGCUGAGGAGAGUUCUCAUCUUCUGUGGGUUUGGGGCAAUCCCCUCCUUGUGUCUCGUCAGAAGCUCUCCUGGCAGCCUCCUCGAUGACAGUGUUUGGGUUUCAGCACAAGACAGGGCUGGAAGGUGCGUGGCCUGUGAUCUCUCCCCCAAAGCCAUAAGGACACAUCACUGUUAACAGUACUUGGGCUAAGUGCUAGCGGGAUCCGUGCACUUCCAGGAGGCUGGCUGCUUUUCAGGCGCCCCCAGCCCAGGGCGAGGGGGCAAGCAGAGCCUGCUCCAAGGCCUGCAGCAGCACCCACCCUCUGGGCUUCCCCCCCUGGAUGAACCUGGGCUUCCCACUCCCUUGGCUUCUGGGGCCUCUGCCCAGACCCCGUUGUGACUGUGGGGCGGGCCCUCUCUUGCCACCCCUCCCCUCCCCAGAUUCCAGGUGGGAGGAGCCAGAUGGGGAAAUCUGCUGGGGCACACACACUUGCUCUCUUUCCUUGCUGCCCCACCUCAGAUUCUUCUGCUGCUGGGCCUGAUCAAGCAGCCCUCGAAAUCCCUGGUCUUCUGGUCUCACAUCCUCCCCUUUGGGGUUGUUGUGUUCUCUUCAUUGUUGUUGUUGUCUUUCAAAUUGGAGCCUGUUUUCCAUUUUUGGAGGGCGUGUCCCCCUCACUGUGGCAGAAUUUCUGGGUGAAUGAUGAUGUCUCUGUAUUUAGGGUAUUAUUAUUUUUUUCUAAACAGAAACAAAAAAAAAAAAGCAAUUUCUAGUUUAUUUCCCUUAACAUUUUAGUACUUAGAAAAGCCUCUCUUUUUUUCAGUAUUCCAAAAUAAAGCUCUCAUUCAGUAAUUUAUUCGUUAUCUUAUGAAACUGUCUGGAAAGAGAUUUUAUAAAAGAAUAAAACUUUUAAAUGAACUUGCCCUCCCUCAGAACAUUUUAGUGUGGUUUGUUUGGGCUCCCCUCAGUCUCCACCCUCCGACUCCCUUCGGACUCCUUUUCCUCCCUUUCUAACCCAGGGGCUUCAGGCAGCUUCUGUGUUUCCUGGGGACGCUCCAUGCUUCCAAGGGGCUUGCAGGGUGACAGCUGGGCCCCGAUGUGGGGUGGAGGAGCAGCACCACACUACUUUGAGCAGCCAUGGAUUUCCCCCAGGAAUCCUGGGAACUGUAGUUUGGCCAGGGCACUCAUAGCGGUUGGGAGAGCCUCUGAGCUACAGUUUGCAUUUUGUAGGUUUUAUCUCUGUGAGCAGAAUAGGACGUGGGAGGUUUCUCCUAACAGCUCACUGCACCUUUAACAAUCAACGCCAGGAGGCUGUGGUUGAAUCUCUCCUUCUGGCCCAGGGGCAGAAAAGGGGCAAGGGCCUACAGUGCCUCCUCUUCCCCGUUGCUCUCUCCCAUCCGGCCCUGAGAAGCCGUGUUCCUUCUCCUGUCACCAGCCACGUCUUGGGGGAGCGUCUGCCUUCCUGUCCGUUCUGAUAAGGAGUCCCAGCCAAGCAGAAGUGGGCAGCAGGCGCUAGGCCGGUUCAGCCGGAUUAAAAAUAACUCCUCUCCUGCCCCAGGUCAGGAAGCACUAGGAGGUGUACAGGAUCAGCAAGUUGGGGGCUGGAGGAGGCAUCCAGAGAAGGCGCAGUGGGCCAGCUAUCCCACUGGGCAGUGGGGCUCUCUGGGCUGGCUCAGACACCAUUUCAUGCAUUUCUGAACUCCUGAAGUGCUGUUCAGCUCAGGUCCUGCUUCUGGGCUUCCCCUUACGGUCCUUGUGGUUGACCAUGAGAACAGGAUGCAGGCCUUUGGCUGGGUCCAGCUGCAGCCAGACUCCUCUUAGGUUCUCUGCCUUCACCUUGCCUGACCUUAGCCUGGGUUUUUCAGAGCCGCAGCUACAGGUAAUUGCUCUCCAGCACCAUCCAAACCUACCCCUGAGAAGUGAGGAUGGGAUUUCUGCAGAAAUCAGAGCAGCCCUGGCCCAAGGAAGCGUUUCUAGCACAAUAUGAAGUCAACCCCCCCCCCCGCUUGGUAUUCUGCACUAUUCUGCUCCUAAACAAGGAGGCUCUCUUGAGCUGCCCGGGCUGGUUACUGUGUGCAGACCAGGCUUUCCCAAGUUUGCUACAGCCAGAGGCUCUCCAAAAGAUACCUACUGCCUUGCAGCUGGUCAAGGGAGGCAGAGAAAAGCAGAGUGGGAAGGGUUAAGAGAGUUUUAACUUCACUUUCAGUCUGGGUGACAGGUCUUUAAGCUUGGGCCACCCGCGUCCACCCCUGGAAGGGUCUGUGCCCAGGCUGCUGGAAGUAACGCACAUGCAGUCCAGGUGGGUCCCAAGUCAGCAAGAAACCUUCCCUGUUCUACACACCCAACAGCUGGUUGACCGCCUUGCUCCAGGGGCUCUAUCCGAGCUGCAGCUGGGCGCGUGCAGGGAGAGGCUUGCUGGCUCCGCAGCGGGAAGGAUGGAAGGUCCUCCACUGGGCAGCGCUGGGAGGCCUGGUCAGGAAGGGGGCUGCGGCCGGGCCUCUCCUUGCAAGCGGAAAAGGAGCCCCUCCAGGGCCCUCCUCCGCCGGCUGGGCUGCUGGCCGGCGAGCUGCGGGGAGGGAAGGGACUCUCCGGCCGGAGCGCGCCCUGCAGCAGCCCCCGAGGCGCCCACGGGAAGGAAAGGGUCCCGGGCUGGCGGGGCGGCUCCUCCUCUUCGGAGCGAGCCAGGACCAGACCGUCGGAGCUGCGGCCGGAGCAGGAGGGCUGGGUCGCUCUCUCGGCCCGCGCUGCUGGACCGGAGGGGAGCGCCCUGUCUCUCCCCCUUCGGGGCUCGCCGGGCUGCGGGAAGGAGGGCGGAGAGCGCCGCGGGCGGCUGUGCUUCGGUCCCGCCGAGGGGGGACCGUUGCCUUUCGUGGGAACUCGCCCCGUGCCGCUGCUCUGCGAAGGGAUCCCGAGAGCAGGGGAUCGACGCUGCCUCCUUCCCCCACCCGCAGUGGAGCUGCGCCGCAUCCAAGGCCAGGCAAGUCUCCUCCGUCCCUGAAGCAGGCGACCCCCGCGGAGACCACGGUCCCCCUAGGCAGCGCCUUCCUCGGGAGUAAGACCCUUUCUGCCGCGCUGCCCGGCGGGCUUUUCUCCCAGGAAAGCGGCGGCCGAGGAUCGCAACUCGGCUGCUCUAGCGCGCUAUCCCGAGGCGGAGGUGCCGCCGGCCCGCCUUCCUCGCGCCUCGAGAGCGCAGCUGAGGCGUCUGGAGGGGAGACGAUCCGCCCUGGAGGGUCUGUUCCAGGGUCCCCAGGACCUUUUCCCAGCGCGGACCAACGCCGCCUGGCUGGUUCCUUGCAUUUAUUUGCUUGCCCGGGAUUAUCCGCCCUCCUUCCCCGGAGCUGCGUGUUGGGAGGCGCGCUUCGCUCCCUCCCUCCCUCCGAGUCCAGGAAUUUGCCGCUUGCGACAUAUUUCCACCGCCCUCGCCCCGAGUUUUCCUCCUGCCUCAAAUAAGGUGUUUGUGCUGCUGCGUUUGGGGCAGGCGAGGCCAGCUGGAAAGACAAAUGCGCCCCCGGAGCAGCAGCACCGUCCAGCUCCAGGCGGGGAAGGAAUGUGUCCGCCGGGAUGGAUGCUUCGGCCCGCCCUGCUCCUCCCCGUCUCCAGGGCGAGGAUCCUCGGGCUGCCCGAGAUGGGAAAGAGGCUGCUGGGGCUCCAGGGACCCGGCCUGGCUGGCUGCUCGCUUCUGGCGCAGAGACAGCGAGACGCUGUCGCCUUUCUCCCGCGGCCCGUUUACGCGGGGCGGCUUUUGAACGCGCAGGCUUCUUUCUGGGUGGGGGCGCCGUGAAGCAAGGCCCCCUCCCUCCCUCUCCUCUCCUCCUGGCAGGCUCCCCCCUGCUCCAGCUCCUGCCCCCUCCUGCUCCUGCCUCCCGCUUUAGCUGCCUGGACAAUAGCGGCCCCCCCUGUCCGGCAUUUCGCCCCCUCCCGAGCCUUUGGUCUCUCUCCUGGCAAAGGGAUGGGCCGCCGGAGUUCGGGGGCAGAGCAGCUGCUCGGCGUGCAGAAGGUCUGGGAUUCCGUCCCCGCUGGCAGCAUCUCCCCGCAGGGCCGAGAAAGCCCGAAGAGCCACAGUCAGUGCUCGACCUUCCAGAGCCCAGUCGCCCCUCCUGCUGUUGUGACCCCCAGGGCGGGCAUUCAGAGCCUCGUUGUUUCGGAUCCUGACGUAGAUAUACAUGCGUGCAGACGCCCCAGACCUGCACCUCAUAGGCGGGGUUGUGUUUUCUUACGGAACAGGCCGCUCUCACAUUCGCAGCUGCUUGCGAGUGGCCCGUCCGCACCACAUCCCGCUGUGCUCGUUGUUCUGCGGCUGCCCCGGAGGGGCGACUCUUGCGCCAUCGCGCAGCAAACGCCGAGUCCAAAAGCUUGCAGGCAGUGGCGGCCCCGUUGCAGCGCAGCCCGCCGCGCACAAAGCGCCGGGCAAGCGCGAUCCCAAGGCGCCCGGGUGCGCGGCCUCCUCCGCGAGACCCCCCCCCAUUCCUGCUGCCGCCCCGCUUCCCCCGGGGGGAUCGGGAGCGUGGAAAGCAGCGCUUCGGCUCUCCGCCCCUUCCCGCCAGGUGUGCCGAGGGCUCCUUCCGCAGGAGGGCGAGGCUCCUCGGCUGGGAGGGGACUCGCCUGCCGCCGCCGCCGCCGCCGGAGCACCAAGAGGAGGAAGUGGAAGCGCCCGGAGGCCGCGAUGGUCGCCUGCAGGUGCCUCCCGGAGCUCCGCGGCGCCGAGGGCGGCGGCAAGAGGGGCCGGUGAGAGCGAGCGCGUGAGUGCCGGCCAAGGGGGCUCCGUCUCUUGCCGCCUCUGGUCGCCCCGCGGGGGGAAUCUGGCCUGUCUGCGGGGAGAGAGAGAGAGAGAGAGACCCCCAAAUGAGGAAGUCGCUCCUCUCUCCGUCGCCUAGGCCCGCGGAGGAGCAGAAUCGCGACCGUCCCCCGGCGGGGAGAGGCGCCUCCCGCGCGCGCACGUGUAGAAGGGCCGUGAGAAAGUGUGGGACGUGGGGUCUGGAAGCAGAUAGGGAAUUCCCCGGUGCUGGUGCGGGCGGGGAAGGGCCUCGGUCCUGAUGGGGGCGGACAGCAGCCCAUCCCUCGCAGGAGCUGACCGCUUCCUUUUCUUUUGCAGCUGAUGGCCAAGGAUGGAGGGGGCGAGGUCCUUGCCAGUGGUGAGGGGGGGCGCCUAGCCAGAAGCCCCGAGGUGAGUGGGGCAUCCGGGGCUGGGCCUGGGCUGCUGCUGCUGCUGCCCCUCCCCGUCCCAGCUUGGGGUCCCAGCAUGCUCAGUUCACAGAGCCCUUCCUUUAGCCACCAGAGACUUCUGUGGUUCCAGGAAGUUCUAAACAUCUCCCAACAUGCGCUCAGGGUGCUUAUUUUCUUUUUAAAUCAGGGUUGGCCAAGUGGGUUUAUUUCUUUGUAAAACAUGGGGGGGGGGGGAGAGAAAAUUGUGUGUGUCAGAGCAGAAUGAAUGCAUAUUGUUGCCUGUUGCCCCAAUCGCUGAGCUGUGCGAGAUCCCGGGGGUUUCAGGCCCACUCAGCGUUCAUUCCUGACAUGAUGUAUAUUUUGCUCUAGGAAGCUUAGUUUGGUCAGAAUGGAGCCUCCACUUCCAGAGUUAACACUAAAUACAUUACUUCUGGUAAAUGAGCCACCUUAGUCACUAGAGGGCUGUGAAAAAUUGUGUCCCUGGCUUUUCAGACUUGUCCACCUAUGUACUAUCUGAAACCAAAGGGCACAUUGGUUGCAGGAUGUGAAUUUUUUUCCUGCUCUCUUACCCUACUACCAAGAACCUUGAUUAAAUUCUGAGACUUACUGGGUCCAGGGAUUUAGGGGAGUCUGGCACCCACAAACACAUAACAAUAUGAAUGUCUAAAGAGGUUGGGGAACUUGCAGAAGACCAUAAAGCCCUGGGUCCAAAAUGGCCUAGUUGCACUACAGUUGGUAGAGUUUAAUUACGACUGUGGGGUGGGUGGCAGGAAAGGGCUGAGACCAGGGUGUCCCCUCCCACUGCAGGGGCUGCCCAUAUGAGUCGGGAAGACUGUGCGGCAUUUCCCCAGGACAUCUUGUUCUGCUAACACAUAGUGGGCCACCUGCUCCCGCUCUGUCUUUGAGGGGGGCUGGUUCUGUUCCACAAGGUCCAGUUUCCCCCCAGCCUGGAUGCCCUGAAAUCUCUCCUUCAGCCCUCACCUGCCUUGCCUUCUGCUCAGCAUUGCUGCUGCCGCCACCUACAGUGAACCUUGCCAAGUUCCUCCCCCCACCUUGCACUCGGGGAAAGGGUGCCUUGCACACCAACGGCAGGCAGAAUGCGGGGAGUGGAUCUGUCAGCUUCUGUGGGGGUCCUGCUGGGGGUGGCAGGUGGGGAGGGUGGCAUCCUUUGACCUUGCCCUCCAUCCCUGCUCUCUGCAGGAGGCCCCGUGCAACCUGCAUGAUGAGGACAAUGACGAGGUCUUUGAGAGCCCCGACAGCCCAGGCCCACGGCCGGGCUGGACCACGUCAGCCACCUUCCGCCACUGCAGCGUGGAUGAGCUUUACGAGCUCCUGGAGAAGCUGGGCAGGUGAGGACCCAGGAGCACGGGGGCCGGUGGGAAGAGCAGGGCCGGGAGGGUCUGGGGACAGCAGAACGGGUCUUCUGGGCCCAGCCCCCAGCGGCAUCUCAGAGGGAAGCUGGGAGAGGCUCCUGACAGCUGCUGCCAGUCAGUGUAGACAGUGCAGAGCUCGAUGACCCCUGCUGCUCUGACCUGACCAAAGGUCUCUUGCUGUGCUCUUAGCGUUGCUGCCCUUCUCCCCCUCCUCUCCCCACUCAGCGGGCACUUCGGGGUGGUCAGGCGCUGCCAGGAGCGCUGCACGGGCUCCUUCUAUGCUGCCAAGUCCGUGAAGGUGCGGAAGCGAAAGGGGAGCCGCCUGGGCCUGGACCGCGAGCAAGUGGAGCGAGAGGUCUCCAUUCUCCAGCAGCUCCAGCACCCCAACAUCAUGCGCCUCCAUGACGUCUUUGCCGGGAAGGGCGAGGUGGUCCUGAUCCUGGAGCUGUGAGUGUCGGAGGGGAGGGACUUGCUUUGGGGCUCCACACUCUGGCUUAGUCUGCUGCAGCAGAAGCAACAAGGUGCCUUGUGAUACCUGAAAAUAUCCCUAGCUUUAACAAGGAAACCUCCAUGCAAAUGACCGCAAAGUGACCUCCAGGCCACAAAAACUCCUUUAACAAGAAACCUGUUUGGAAGCCCCCAAGCUAUCAGCAUUUUGCAGGAGGGGCUCAGUUGCACUUCUGGUUUGCAUAAUUAAGGGUGGAGUCAAAGGGCUCUGUCACCUUUGCACAGCAAAUCAACUUUUAAAAAUGAAUGGGCUGUUCGUGGUUUGGAAGGUGAUGGAGAAAUGCAUAGAAAAGCAUGAGAUGAACGAAUUCCCAAAGGGAAGGCAUAGACACACCCUGUGCGAGGGGAAGGAGUAGAAACCUGUUUUUGAGACUUCUGUCUCCCAGUUGCUCAUAAAACUGGGGGUGCCACUACUAUCGGGGGGACGGGACUCCAGGUCUCAUGACACCUUUGAGAAGACUGCAAAAUAAAUAAUAUUUUGUAGCGCCUAGUGUUUCUUUCCUCCUCCUAAUUCCCAAAGUGGGGCAGCUUAGGGAAGAGGCGGCAUGCCCUGGGACACACGCCAGGCCAGCUGCCCCCAAUCCACCCUCCCUCUCCCUCCAGCAUCCACGGAGGGGAGCUGUUUGACUUCAUCGCAGAGAAGGAGCUUCUGACGGAGACAGAAGCCAUCCAGUUCCUGCAGCAGAUCCUGCUUGGCCUGACCUACAUGCAUUCCCAGCGCAUUGCUCACUUUGACCUCAAGGUACGCCAGCCCUGUGAGGUGCUUCCUGGAUCUCUGGAGGCUUUUGAGCAACACAGGAGUCUUCUCUGAGGGCGCGUUGGUCCUAUCUCCUUCCCUGAUCUCUUCUGCAGCCAGAGAACAUCAUGCUCUUCCAGAAGGAUGCCCCCAACCCCCUGAUCAAGAUCAUCGAUUUUGGCCUGGCCCAGAAGCUCGAGGAAGGCGUGACCUUCAAAAGUUUGUGUGGGACUCCCCAGUACAUUGGUAAGAGGGCAGAGCAAGCUGGGGUCCUCUCCUGUCCCAGAGCCCCCGGCGGAGGAAUCUCCCCUGCCCUCAAACCAGCAGCUCAGCCCCUGGUGUGGGCCGGGGUGGACUUGGCCACAGCAGAGAAAAUGUUGCUGUUGGUUGUCAGACUUCUUAGUUGCUUCUUACACAAAAAAAUCUCCAAGCGACUUAACAACACCUUUAAAAGCUUAAGCAUACCUGAUAAAAGAGACACAUUCUCCUCACAGAAACACCUGCAAUUAAUGAAAACACAUGUUUUGGCAGCGAAACGAGAGUGUCCCAAAGGGCGUCCCGUUUCUUGCCUGCUGCUUGCUCCUGUUUCGGAGGAACCUUCUCCCAGACCCUUCCCCACAAAGGCAGGGCAGCCCAUGAGCUCCAGAGGGUAAGGGCAGGCUGCUCAUGAGCUCCAGCUGCCAUCAGCCCCAGCCAGCCAGUGGCCAGGGAGGAGGACAGGAGUGUCAGUCCUGUGACAUUGUCUGGAGCAGGGAAGCCAAGACCAAUCGGGGGUGGGCUCAGACUCCCAGCAGCCAAGACUUAAGGAUGGUAAUGGUGGUGGAGAUCACCAGAGUUUGGGUUUGGAGGGGCUCCCAGGAGGAGGUUAGGCAGCAACGAGGCUGGGGUGGCUCUCUGGGGCCCGAAGGCCAGGGAAGUGUCCCGUCUCUCUGGCUUAAUGGGAACCCCUUUUUGGUUUCUCAGCGCUGACACCGUUUUGCCCAUUUCUUCUUCCUCAGCUCCUGAAGUGAUCAACUAUGAGGCUCUGAGCACAGCAACGGACAUGUGGUAAGAAGCGGUAGCAAGUGUGUGUGUGUGUGUGUGAGAGAGAGAGAGAGAGAGAGAGAGAGAGAGAGAGGGAGAGAGAGAGAGAGAGAGGGAGAGAGAGAGAGAGACUCUGUGCCAACAUCCUGCAUGCCCUUGGGUGGCUGGGGCAGGUGGGGGAAGAGCGAGCAACUGAGGGAGUGAGCAGGACCCUCCAGGAAGUGCUCACGUGCCAGACUCAGGCCUCCAAAGCACCACAGGAAAAAAGGUGCACAAGCUAAGCUCAUGUUGGGUUUGUGUUUUACCUGUCUAAUAUGACGACAGCCACCCACACCCGCCACCAGGCUGAGGCCUUCCUCCAGUCCCACCAGUCCUCCCUGAGUCUUCCCUUUGUCUGCUUGGGGUGGCCCACCCCACAGCCCUCCCGCCCUCCGCGCUGGAUUUUGCACGCCCCCCCAGUCCUCAGGUGUCCUGUCAAGGAAUGUACUUGCUGGGUGCUCCCUUCAGCUUCUCUCUCUCUCUCUCCCUUUUUCUUCCAGGAGCAUCGGCGUGAUUACCUAUAUAUUGUAAGUACCUUGAGACUCCCUGCAUUUGAGGCUGAGGGCGGGAGUGGGCAGUGCAGGGCCUCAGAAUUAUUUACACCUAGGAUGCAUUUUAAUCCAUUAAAAAAAUUAAUUCGUCCUCAGAGGAAAAGAACAAUUAGAAAAUACUUUUUAAAAUGGUGCUAAAGACGAUGACUCCCUGUCGUCUCAGGCCUUUGAUGACCUGAAUGGCUUGAUUCCAAAAUCUGGUCUCGAGGUCUGGCCUUGCUGCUUUGCUGCUCUCCUCCUGUCCAUGGUUUUAUAUUGGACCCCCCCCCCUUUUGUGUUGUAUAGUAUGUUUUCAUUGCACCUUUACUGGAAGCUCUCCUGCGAUGACAACGUAAUGAAGGGCAGUCUAUAAAUAAAUAAAGGAAGCUGCGUCUUCCCAAAUGCCCCUCCGUUCUGCAGGUUGCCAGCAUUGUAGGAGCAAUGGAGGAAAUGGCACCUGGAGGGCAGAAUAUCUCCCCCCUUUAUUGGUCCUCAUUAGCUACUUUCCGUAGCUGAUUUUUUUAGGGCAUUUGUUGAUUUUGCAUAAGGCUCCUUCAGUAAGUGCAAGCUCCCUUGUAAGAAUUCAGGUUUUUAAAUAAUUCUUAAAUGAUUGCACGCCCGCCCACCCAUGCUUGUCUGCUCUGAAUAAUGCCUGCUUGAUCCCCGCCGUGAGGUUUCCUUUUGAUCCUACCUUCUCUGCCCUUUGCAGACUGAGCGGCAUGUCCCCCUUCCAGGGAGAGACGGACGCAGAGACCCUGACCAAUGUCGUCUCCGGCAACUACGAGUUUGAGGACAAGUACUUCAGCCAAACAUCAGAGCUGGCCAAGGACUUCAUCCGGCAGCUGUUGGUGAAGGAACCUGGGUAAUGGCCCACCAGGGGUGAAUCUCUCCAGGGUGGUUCUCUCAGGUUCUCAGUUUUCCUGUCUUAAAUUCAGUUCUCCACAUUUCAACAGCAAUCUGCAAUGAAAAAAUGCCUCCUCAUCAGCAUUUUGGGAUGAAUUUCUCCUAGUGGACACAUUUUGCAAUGCUUCCAUAAUGCAUAUUUUGUGUCUUACUUUUACUAAUAUGUGUGUUUUUAAUGAACACACAACUUAGCUGGAAGCUGCAUUCACAGGAGUGCAAAUUUUGAAGGGUGACUACCUUUUGCUUCUCAAAUUGUUCUGGCAAGUGCAAACAAGGGAGGUUUGCCUUUGAGAUUCCCCCCCUCCUUCUCUCCCUCCUGGUGGGACCUUGGCUCAGUCCCCGGAGGGAUUCUCCUGCAGGCCUCUCUCUCUCCGCUCCAGAGGGGAAAUGACAGAAAGUCAGUUGUGCGUUUUUUCCUGUUUCAGAGACCGAAUGUCGGCCGAGGAAUGCCUCAUCCACCCCUGGAUCAAGGUCAGAGCCUGGGAGGGGAGGCUGGCUGGGGAAGCUGCCUUAGACUGAGCCAGACCUUUGGGAUCUGUCCUAGAGCUCUAGGUUGAGAUUCUCGGGAACCCUCCUUGGUUUCUUCUCUGCCCCCAUCCUGGCCUGAACUGAUGGGGGAGGGGAGGCAGGAGGAUUUUGGCAAUGGGCAGAGUUGCAGGUGCCUGUUUUUUCCAGCCCCUGACCCGGAAGCAGGUUGCGAACCGGAGCCGCUCCUCCAUCAACAUGAAGAACUUCCGCAAGUUCAAUGCUCGCCGGAAGUGGAAGGUAAAUUGAGCAGCCCCCCCGCCUGCACCCUCAAAGCCAGUCAGCAAAAAGAAGCCGGAGGGUGCAGGACACCUGUCCCUUGGCAGUGGGGGUGCCCUACUCUGACCUGAACAAAAGCCUAUAUAAAAACAGUUGCUUGCACACAUGAAAACAAUUCAAAAAUCAAAACAGCAGUUGCAUACAGUUGUGCCUUGCGACUCGAACGAUUUGGCUCCUGAACACUGCAGAUCUGGAAGUGAGUGUUCCGGUUUGCGCAGGUUCUUUGGAACUCAGACAUCCGCGGCUUCCGAUUGAGUGCAGGAAGCUCCUGCAGCCAAUCGGAAGAUGUGCCUUGGUUUUUGAACGUUUUCGGAAGUCAAAUGGACUUCCGGAAUGGAUUCCUUUUGAGAACCAAAGUAUGACUGUAUUUAAGCCCAGUUUCAAAUCCAGGGCAAAUCCCAACAGCUCACCAUCUCCCCUUCAGAGGCUUUUUGAAAGAGACAUCUGUGGGCUGUGAGGGAGGGGCACAAGGUCUUCCUGCGAGAGGCUCUGUGCGCCUCAUCUCUGCAUUUCCUCUCCAGCUCUCCUACAACAUGGUGUCGGCCUGCAACCGCCUCUGCCGGAUGGGCCUCCUGUGCCAGCAGAAGCGGGAUGAGGAGAACUUGGUGAGUGCCCUUUCCUGGGCGAUGGCCUCCUUGCCCUGCUUCUCAACUCCUGACGAGGAGGAGGGGGCCGGUCCGGGAACCCUCCCCUGCCUCUGCCCCCCACGUCUUCCCUCCCAAGCCACCCUUGCCUGGCUUUCGUCCCCUUCACUCCGCCCUCCUCUGCCCCCCAAACAGCGCGGCUGCGAGAGCGACCAGGAGGGGGAGGCCAGCAGCCCCGUCACCCUCUUCCGCAGGCGAAGGAGCAGCUGCUCGUGA